AUGGAAAUUGCACCAAAUAUUUAUAGAGGUGCUGAUUUGUUGAAAGUGAGGAAGGAACUUGAGUCACAAUUGAGACAAAUAGGUUAUACUUCAUUUGAGGACCUUAAGAAAUAUUUAUUGAAAAGAUUGGAAGAAACUGUUCGUGUUCUUCCACUUAUAGAUUAUCGCACAUUACGAAUAAAUACUCGUGUUUUACACAGCGAGUCAACACAAGAAGCACUCGACAAUAUCAGUAAAAGUUUAAGUGUUCCUAUUAUUAAUUGUGAAGAUGUUGUUUUACAAAAUUCAACUGGUAUUGUCGACUCCAACACUGAACAACAAACGUCUGUCGUUUCAAAUGAUAUUUCCGUUCAUCUAACCAUUCAAACAGGAAAUACGACACAUGUUGAUUAUUGCCAGGAUACCGACAACGAAUCUCAGAAUACUAACGAUUCGACCAAAGAAGAAAUAAAAUUUACUGUGUUUGAGAUCGAACAAUUGGAAAAAAUGAACUAUAUUAAAGAGCUCCUCAAACCAGAGAAUAAAUACUCCGCAGAGUACAUCGCACAAGAAACCAACAAAGAAAUACAUAAACGACUUGGUAAAAAUGUUGACAGUUAUUCAACAACAAGUGAUGCUAAAAAUAAAAAAGGCAGCUUUAUAACGAUGAUGGCUGCAUUGAUGAUGGGAGCGUGUGGGUUGACAAAUAAUCAAAUUGAUGCCAUGUCAAAAUUGAUAUCCAUAAUUUUGCUCAUGUCCAAUGUUCCUAAAAAGUCGUUAACACUGCUCUCAGUUCUUCAACUAUGCAACGGAGAUUUGUGUUAA